AUGUCAUCAGUUGAAAAGUAUAUACCAUUACCUCAAUCAGCAGGAUAUGGAGUUUUAAUGGGAUUUGGAGCAGUAUUAGCAAUUGGAAUGUGUUUGACUACGUUUAUGUUAAGAAGAUAUAAUAAAGAGAUCAUAACAUCAGAAGAAUUUGCAACUGCAGGUAGAUCAGUUAAAACUGGAUUAAUCUCAGCUGCUGUGGUCUCUUCAUGGACGUGGACUGCCACGUUAUUGACAAGUACAACUCAGUGCUUCUUGAAUGCUGUCUUUGGAGCGUUAUCUUACGGUCGCCUCGGAAAUGCUGGAAGCUUUAUUUUGAAGUGA